GCUAUAUUUUGUGACGAGGAUGAUAGAUGCCCACCAACUUCUCCAUAAUUUGAGGUGGGACCUAGAUCUUGAGGCAGCUGAUAUGAACCACGGGCCAUUUUAUCUUCCAUUGACAUUGAAUUCUGUCCCAACAUCCCAUGUCCUUCUCUUCACCCAUCCCAGAAUUACCGUGAUGAUAUCCAUAAAUAUUUGUUGAAUUCGAGCUAUCAUCACCGACCUUUGUGUAGUCAGACAACUCGUAUCUCCGCCGCAACUCCUUAGGCAGUGCUCAAUCCUGCGUAUCCACUUUCAGUAGAACUUGUGGAACUCCAUGAUCUUCCAUUGUUGCUGGAGCUUUACUAUGAUGGGACGGAGGUUUAUAGGUGUAGAACAGAAAUAGACGUGAAAGUUUCUCUUUGCGAGCUUCUUCGCAAGCUCUAGAAAUGGCGAGAUGUGGUCAUGAGCUAGCCAUGGAAGCAUUAGGACACUGAUUAUAAUCGUGAAGAAGAUGAGAUCAGUGCUGGAAGAGUCGGAAGCGUUUGGAACUAGGAAGAGUUUGAGUAGAAACGUGGCCAAAGAGAAGGGACGUACUACAGAAGGAAAGGUGAGAACGUGGAAAGUGAACCCGAUGUCUCCCUACGUGUCAGCACUAACAAGUAGAUUUUGAAGUUGUGGUUUUUUGUUUGCGGGCUUAUCUUUCUGCUAACGCUUAAUUCUGACCAAGACCAGCAAGAUCAGAGGAAAAAUUCUGGCAUGGAGGACUCACCUGCAAUGACUAUUGAAUUCCUUCGGGCAAGGUUACUGUCCGAAAGAUCUGUCUCAAAAAGUGCAAGACAGAGAGCUGAUGAGCUGGCAAAACGGGUAGCAGCAUUGGAGGAACAGCUAAAGAUUGUGUCUCUUCAAAGAAAGAGGGCUGAGAAGGCAACAGCAGAUGUUCUUGCCAUUUUGGAGAAUCAAGGGAUAAGUGAUGUUUCGGAAGACUUUGAUUUGUGCUCGGACGAAGAAACCCCACAUGAAUCCGAAGCGGGUCAUAAAUCUACAAAAGAAGAUGAGAGCUCAAUUAAUUCAAAAGGCAGUAGAAAUAAAUCAGAAGAACUUUCAGGUUCUGACAUUGAUUCUUCUCCAGUACGCGGUAGAAGUUUGUCUUGGAAAGGCCGCAAUGAUUCACCACGUUCUCUUCAGAAGUACAAGGAAUCUUCUCUUAAAAGAAGGAACCGUUUUAAUUCCACGGGUUCUUCUUCCCCAAAACAUUGUACUGGUAAAUCAUGCCGCCAGAUAAGACACAGAGAGGCAAAAUCUAUUGUUGAGGAGUUCAAGACACAGCCUGUCAAGGUUGGUUCUGAAGAAAAUGGAGCAGCCACCUCUUUGGAAGGUUUUCCAGUUUGCUCAAAUAAUGUGCUGAAUGAAGGUUCUGAAAUCCAGGAGAAAGUUUUACGAGAUAGUCCAUUUCCAGGUAGCUUAGAAAAUCAUAAAAAAGUAGGAAAUAAUGACUUUGAUUAUACUGAAUAUGGAAAAGACAAAGACAUGGAAAAAGCCCUAGAAGAUCAGGCACAACUUAUUGGCCGGUAUGAAGCAAUGGAAAAGGCUCAAAGAGACUGGGAAGAGAAGUUCAGAGAAAAUAAUACCAGUCCACGGGAUUCAUGUGAUCCUGGGAAUCACUCAGAUGUCACUGAGGAAAGAGAUGAGGUCAAGGGACAAGCUCCAUACCCUGCCGAGACACUUACCUCCUAUGCCCCAGAGGCAAAGUCAGAGGUUACAGAAGUUUGCUUCUCUAAAGAACUGUCCAACACUCAGCCCAAUGGUGUUCUGCCACCUUCAUGUGUUGAUAUCGGAGGUACACCAGCUCAGAAUAGCAGUAGUAGUUUUGCUUCUGAAAGCGAGGCCCAAGAAUUUGCAUUCCCCAUGGCUAUGGGGACGCAAAAUCAAGAGAGGCUCGAAACCUAUAAACCUUCACAUAGCUCCCAUCAUGUGCCACUUUCGAAUGGAUCCCCUGGAAGCCACUUAGCACAUCUGUCUUCAUCUGAUUCUAAAGGAGAUGCUUCAGUGAGCCGAAAUGACCUCUAUGCAAUGGUGCCACAUGAACCAUCUGAGGGUUUGGGUAGUGUGCUGGAAGCUCUUAAACAAGCAAGGGCAUCACUACAACAAAAAAUUACCCGAGUGCCUUCAGUUGAGAGCACGUCUGUUCGUAAAGCUGUUGGACUUUCUGUCCGUGCCACGAGCACAGGGGACUGGAUGGAGAAUCCUGUUGGAUGUGCUGGGCUCUUUAGGGUGCCAACAGAUUUUUCACUUGAAACCAGUAGGCAAGUUAACUUCCUUGGUUCAGGCUCUAGUACUGCCAACUAUUACCCCGAUAAGGGAGCUGCAGUAACUGCAGGUGGUCGAUUUAUCCCCCGUCUCUACUUGGAGAAUGGAUCUGGUUUCUCUACCUCUGAUCGGUAUCUCACCAGCCAAUAUGCAGAGAACUUGUCGACAGUUUCCACUGAGAGGCCUCAGUUUGAUCCUAACCUGGAUAGGAUUCAAUCAUCUUCCAGCAGAUACAGCAAUGUUUCCCAUCCUACCCAUCCUUCCUACCCAACCUAUCGAUCAUCUGAAUUGCAACCAUGGAUGCCUUCUAAUGAAGGAUUUCCGCAAACCUUUCCUAGUAGGGCAGCUGGGAUUCCUCCCACUGAUAAGUUGUUUCAUGACGAUCAUAUUAGACCGAAUAUGCAUAGAUAGUAGGACGAAGAUUGAAGUUCUGUUAUGUUAUUAAGAUUACAACUUCACCAAGAAGAUUAUACCAUACAGGUUUUGUAGUGUAAUAUGGUGUUGUAAUGAUGUGCCUUAAUAUCUGUACUCCCUUUGGUUUUGUGAGUAGAAUUGAGUCACGGUUUGUAAAGCGGUGGGACCAUCCAUUUUCUUGUUUGUCUUUCAAAUAUCUUUUCAUUUUCCUC